GCCGACAUCAAGAAAUGCAGACAGUCAAGAGACAAGUCAGUUCAUAGUGCCGCUGUCGGUGCGCGAGCUACGGAGUGAGGGCGAAAAUUCCAGUAGCGGCAACUUUGUGAUAAAAACACGUAAAAGGACAGCUUUGGACUCUCAGCUUUGGAGGUUCUCUGCCCCCCCCCUCCCCCCCGUGGAGCAGCGAUAGCGAGAGACGGCAGUCUGGACAAAAUCAUCCAGUACGCGAGAGAGGAGAAACUCCAGGAGACAAGCUGGACGGAGCGGAGCUGAGGGAGGAGGGCGAAUGCCCAGCAUUCAUCCUGAGACACAGAGUGUGCAACACUGACCGCUCCGGCACCAGCGACUCCACAUCGGACAGCCAGGACACCAUGAGCCCCUGCAGCUCCGAGUCGGAAUGUACACGUAAUGGGACUACAGCCAGUAGAAGAACAGUACACCAUGAACCAGACGAGAAGACGGAGGCAGAGGAGGAGAGGAGCUCGGAUGAAGGCUUCAUGGGGAUGACGCCGCUGCUGCAAGCUCACCAUGCUAUGGAAAAGAUGGAGGAGUUUGUCCAUAAGAUGUGGGAGGGACGGUGGCGUGUCAUCCCUCACGACGUACUGCCCGAUUGGCUAAAGGACAAUGACUUUCUCCUGCAUGGACACAGGCCACCGAUGCCGUCCUUCAGAGCGUGCUUCAAGAGCAUCUUCAGAAUCCACACAGAGACAGGCAACAUCUGGACUCACCUUCUCGGUUGCCUGUUCUUCUUGUGUCUGGGGAUCGUGUACAUGUUCAGGCCCAACAUGUCGUUCGUGGCACCGUUUCAGGAGAAGAUUGUGAUUGGAGCGUUCUUCUUGGGCGCCAUCCUCUGCCUGUCCUUCUCCUGGCUCUUCCACACAGUCUACUGCCAUUCAGAGGGCGUCUCUCGGAUAUUCUCAAAGUUGGACUACUCGGGCAUCGCCUUCCUGAUCAUGGGUAGUUUUGUGCCGUGGCUUUACUACUCCUUCUACUGCUCCCCUCAGCCCUGUGUUGUUUACCUGAUCGUGGUGUGUAUCCUGGGCCUUGCUGCCAUCACCGUCUCCCAGUGCGACUUCUUCGCCACGCCGCAGUACAGAGGAGUGAGAGCUGGUGUGUUUGUGGGCCUGGGCCUGAGUGGAGUUGUCCCCACGUUGCACUUCGUAAUCUCAGAGGGCUUCCUCAGGGCCACCACUAUAGGACAGAUGGGCUGGCUCUUCCUCAUGGCUGCCCUGUACAUCACUGGAGCCUGCCUUUAUGCCGCGCGCAUCCCUGAGAGAUUCUUCCCCGGCAAAUGUGACAUCUGGUUCCACUCACACCAGCUGUUCCACAUCUUGGUGGUUGCGGGAGCGUUCGUGCACUUCCACGGCGUGUCCAACCUGCAGGAGCUCCGCUACACGGUGGGAGCCGGCUGUACCGCCGACGGCGCCCUGUGAAACCGCGCUGCACCACCAGGGGGAGACAGAGCUCUCCUUUUAUUACCACCACCGCCAGUAACACCUUCAACUCCUCUCACCUGUCUCGCUCCACUAAUGAGGGCUGAACAAGAUCUUUCCUUCUGUCUGUUUCUUCCCUAAUUCUUUCUCUCGUCCUCCUCUUCUUCUUCUGCCCUCUUUAAUAAAAAAAAAAAAAACUAAAAACCGAAACCAUGAUGCGAUUCAGUGGAGCUGGAGGGUGGACCGGUUCUGAAACACAGAGUUACAGAGUUGUUUUUGAGAUCUGUAAUCGUUUGACUUCAUGCUGUUUGCAUAUUAACUGGGUUUGUGGGGGAAAAAAAAAAAAAAAACAAUUGUGAAAUUUUUUGCCUUUAAAGGUGCAAAUGGUUUUAACUGUUAUUAUUAUUGUAAAUAAGAUUUCUAAACCUGGGUUAUAUAGAUUUUUACAAAUGUCAAAUAAUAAUAAUAAUAAUAAAAAAAAAAACAUAA